UCCCCUGUAGAGCUCCAUGACUGGCCAAGAAAAUUCUUCAAGUACACUGCAUGGCAAGGGAAAAUGCCAGCUUUGAAUGAACAGUUGAAGUCCUUGUUGUGGUUGAAAGGAUGGAAACUGUCCCAACUCAAACAGAUCAGCUGUGUCGUCGUUACUUAUGGCCUCUCACAUCACACUUUUUUUUCCAGCAAAUUACUCCGCCUUUGCUUACUUCUUCCUUCAUUCCCAUCUUCUUAUGCUUCUUCUCUCUUCAAUCACAUAACAAAACCCACUAUACAUGCAUGGAACAUCAUGUUCAAAGGAUUUUCUAAUACUUCACACCCUCAAAAGUCCAUUAGUUUCUACAUUCAAAUGCGCCAACAUGGGGUUUUUCCUAAUAAACAUACUUUUCCUUUGCUUCUAAGAGCCAUUUCUAGAGCCAACAAUGGAAACCCACAUCUGCUUUUAGCACAAAUAUUUAAAUUUGGAUACAUUUCUGACCAAUUUGUGCAGAAUUCUUUGGUUUCUGCUUUUGCCGGCAGUUGGUACGUCGACCUUGCACGCCAAGUGUUUGAUGAAAUUACGCAUAAGGAUGUGCUUUCUUAUACUGCUUUGAUUGAUGGGUAUGCCCGAAAUGCUCUGCCAGUUAGAGCUUUGGAACUCUUUCUGAAGAUGAGACAAGCAGAAGUUAAGGUGGAUGAAGUGGCUGUUGUAGCAGCUCUCUCUCCUGCUGGAACAUUAAGAUGUGUUUGGUUUGGAAGGUGUCUGCAUGCUUUCUAUGUGGAGGCCGGGAGGGUUUCUAGAGAUGUUUACAUUGGUAGUGCUCUUGUUGAUAUGUAUGCUAAAUGUGGAUUUUGGGAUGAUGCCUUGAAAGUUUUUGAAGACAUGCCUUACAAGAAUCUUAUUUCUUGGAGUGCUAUGAUUGCUGGCUGUGUACACUGCAAUAGAUUUAGGGAAGCACUCUGUGUUUUCGAAGAGAUGCUGUCCGGAAAGGUUGUUCCCAAUCAAGUAACAUUGACAAGCGUUCUCAGUGCAUCUACUAGGCUUGGGGCACUGGAGCAGGGCAGAUGGAUUGCUAAUUAUAUAAAAGCGCACAACAUAAAAUUUAAUACAGCACUUGGCACUGCUUUGAUAGAUAUGUAUGCAAAGUGUGGGUGCAUUGAAGAGGCAUUGUUGGUUUUCGAGAAGCUUCCAAAUAAAGAUGUUUAUGUAUGGACUGCUAUGAUCAAUGGCUUGGCAACACAUGGUGAUGCUGCAAAGUCCAUGGCCUUCUUCUUAGAAAUGUUGAGAAAUGGUUUAAGGCCCAAUGGAGUAACCUUCAUUGGCAUUCUCAGUGCUUGUUCUCACGGAGGGCUCGUGGAUGAAGGACGCCGGUUGUUCUCAUUAAUGGACCAAGUUUAUGGUGUAAAACCUAAUUUAGAUCAUUAUGGCUGUAUGGUCGAUCUUCUGGGUCGGGCAGGAUAUCUGGAAGAAGCUUGUAAAUUGAUUCAAGACAUGCCAAUGAAACCUACUCCUAGCAUAUGGGGUGCUCUUUUUGGUUCUUGCAUGAUUCACAAGGCUUAUGAAUUAGGUGAAUGGAUAGGAAGAUAUCUGAUCGACAUACAGCCUUAUCACAGUGGCAGAUAUACACUCUUGGCGAAUUUGUAUUCUACUUGUAAAAAUUGGGAAGGGGUAGCUCAAGUUAGGAAAAUGAUGAAAGAGAUGGGUGUGGAAAAAACCCGGGGCUGUAGUUGGAUCGAAUUGAACGGAGAAGUACAUGAGUUUAUUGCCUUUGAUGGUUCACAUGCUAAGUCUGAAUAUGUUUACACCAUUUUGGAUAAUUUAGUCAGUCAUCUACAACACUUUACCAUUUCUCCAUGUGCUGAUUCAUUAGUUCUUGAGAGGAGCUGAAAGUAACCGGAGUUUAGGUAUCGAUCCUACUAGUCCCCAUUACAUGCACCCAUCAGAUAAUCCAGGUGCGAUGCUAGUACCAGAUCCUUUCAAUUGUGUUGGCUACAGAUCCUGGAGAAGGAGUGCUCUGUGAUCUCUGUCGGUUAAGAAUAAAUUCGGCUUUAUCAAUGGUUAAUUUAAGCACCCAGAGCGGACCUCUGCAAGUUCCAGAAAAUGGGAACGAUGCGAUGACUUCUGACCUCAUGGAUUCUGAAUUCUCUUGACAAAGACAUUGCUGAUAGUGUCGAGUAUGCUAGUGAUGCCGCUGAACUUUGGAAGGUACUGGAGGAACGAUAUGAUCAAACUAAUGGUACAAAGCUGUACCAGAUUCAAAAGGACAUAAGAAAAAGGAAAAGUCAAAGCCAAAUAGGAAGCGAACUCAAAGCGGGUCCGUCUGUCAUGACUUCCAAAAUGAUUUGACUCAAGGUGUACUUGACAGCACUAGAUAUUAGACUAAAAUGAAGAAACUAAGGGAGGAAUUAUACACUCUAACUGCUAAAAAUCAGUGUAGCUGUGCAUGCACAUGUGAUGCGAAGGAGACCUUACACAAGGCUGAGCAGGAUAGAAGACUGAUUUUGUUCCUUAUGGGACUGAAUGAGAUAUAUAGUAUUGAUUGAGGAGGCAUCCUUAUGAUGAAUCCCUUACCCUCAAUGGCACAAACCUUUCUCUAUAAAUUCAAGAGGAAAAGCAGCGGGAGGUCAGACCUUAAAGCCAACUUGCAAUGGAAUCAUCCCCAGGAGUCAAUGCCAACAUGUCAGGAAAUGUAAUGUAAUCUCAGAAUCAAUCAUCAUGCCUCUCUCAAUGCAAAUGCCAGGGAAUGACAACUUUUUUUUAAAAAAACAAUUUUAGAACCAACUAUGCUCCUAGUGUUGGGAUACUGCAAACUUCCAGGACACACCAGGGACAAGUGUUACAAACUACAUGGCUAUCUGUCAUGUCCACCUAACUCUAAUCACUCUCAAAAUUCUUAGUCACAGAACUCUAACCAGAAUUUCAGAUACAAGAGAACUCAAAGUUUAACAACAAAAGUUAAAGAACUAUUGCAAAUGUCAUGGUGCUCCUGUUGAUAUGGCACCUACUAAGAAGGCUGAAGACAUGGUGUAUCAAGUUGAAAAUCCAAAUAUGAGUCCUACUGAGGAGCAAUAUGCACAACCGGUUAACCUGUUACAACAUUUUCAUGUUGGAGAUGUAGGGGAAUGUUGUAACAAUGCUGGAACAUCUAGUGGAGCUUCCCACUUUACUGGUACCUUGGCUUGCUCUGCAUCUGUCGUCAUGUAACUGUUUUGAAUCAAGAGCUGAUAUUUGGAUUCUAGAUUCUGGAGCAUCAAACCACAUGACCUUCAACAAGUCACUUUUAUCCCAUAUUAGAACUUUGCUAUAUCCGUUACUGAUUACCUUACCCAAUGGUUAUAGAGUUAGGGUGAUAGAAAUCCGAAAUGUAACAUGUACCACAGAUUACUUUACACAAAGUGCUUUAUGUGCCUUCUUGUAAAUACAAUCUCAUUUCCAUUCAUUCUCUAACUGUCCAACUCAAUGGUGUGGUGUCAUACACUAAUUCUAU